AUGUCCAAUUUCAGUUGGCCUGGAUCGGGUAACCCGAAUGCGUUACUUAUGAUGAGUCAAGCGCAUAUGUUCGGUGGAAUGGGCGGAUUCGGCGGAAGCUCAGGCGCGGGGUCUCCGCCCGACCGCGGGUGUAUUCACGGGGAAGGGGAGGCGUCGGGGCAGCAGCAGCAAGGGCGGAGCCCGUCCGCGGCGGCUGCGCGUUCCGCCGCCAGCGAGAGGCUCGGGCGCAGGCGCGGGGAGGAGCGGAGCAGCCGUGGAGGACCCGCGCGGAGCGGAGUGGACGACGCGCGGAAAGGGACCUUGCGGAAAAGCGCCAGCACGAAGUCCGCAGGUUCCCGGGGUCCAGCGGCAACUGCACCUGCUGGCGUUAUCGGCGGAGGCGGAGGCGGGGGGGGAGCGGUUGGCGCGAUGUCAACGACGAGUGGGCGGAGCAUGAAGAGCACGAUGAAAAGCGGGGCGCGUGCUGCGGCGAAGGGCGGAAAGGGGAAGAAGCGCAAGGAGAUGGCUGCUGUUGACGGUGCGGAAGCUCUGGCACAAGCGCAACAGGAGCAAGCGCAAGAGCGCGCGGAAGGAUCAGCGGGAGCAGCCGCGGAAGCAGCGGGAGGAGCGGGAGUGGGAGCGGGAGCAGCAGAGGAGGAGCUGUUUCGGGGAAUUGAGGUUCUUCGCGCUGCCGCCGUAGCUGCGCGGGAGGAGGAGAGGCGCGCGCGCGCCGCAGCCGAGCAUCCGGGGACUGGACUUGGCUGCGCGGCGGAUGCGGCGGCGGAGGAGACUGCAGCGCAGGCGGAAGAGGAUGUUGACGACGCGCGGAUGGUCGCUGCGCGGGCGGACGCGGAUGAGCGAACGGGCGCGGAAGAAGGAACGGAAAUGGCGGAAAGGGGUGGUCUGGCGGAUCAGAAGGGAGAGAGCUUCGGGGAGCAGCGCGAGGCGCGGGCUCUAGGGCGCUUCCGCGCGGCUGCUGCCGCGGCUGCCGCUGCCGCCGCCGCAGGUGUUGCUGCUGGGUGUGCAAGCAGUUACCAUGGCGGGGUGGUGGCUAGCGAAGGAGGCUUGCUCCUCCCUGCUGCCGCCCCUACUCGUCGUGCUCCUGCUGUAUCCGCCCCUGCCUCGUCUCCUGCUGCUGCUGCUGCUCCCGCAGGCGCGGAGGCGGCGGGAGGCAUGCUGGCGAUGGUGCUGGGGAUGGCGGGAGGCGUGGAGGACGAGGAGGAGGAGCGGUUCCGGCGGGAGAGCAGGAAGCGGAGCAGGCGCGCGGAGGAGGGGCGGGGUCUGGGCGCGGGGGAAGCGGACGGGGAGGUCGCGGGGGAGAGCAAGAGGGGGAAGUGGGAGGGAGGGGAGGGAAGGGGGGAGAUGUGUGUGGGUGACUUGAUUGGUGCGGUGGGACAGAAGGAGUUUUGGCGGGUGCGGAAGGGCAUUGUGAGGCAGCAGCACAUAUUCUCCACUCAACUGUUUGAGCUGCACCGGCUGAACAGGGUGACUCCUCGCCUCGCCAUGAUUCCUGACUUCCCCGCUUUCACCGACGCACCGGCUGCUACUGAAGGCUCCUCCGGAGCAGCUAUGUCAGCAGCAGCCAUGCCAGAAGCACCAUUCUCUUCUGCGUUGGAUUUGUCAGGUAAAGCAGGGGCGAGUGGAGUCGCAGCGGCGGCAGCACCUGCUGCAGCAGCAGCGUCGGCAAGCAAGGGUGGUGCUGCAGGAUGGUCGUUCCCUCUCUAUGCUCGCUUUGCCAAGAAUGCUGACCCGGCUGCUGCUGCCGCUGCUGCUGCAGCCGCCAUUGCUGCCGACGCUGCUGGUGCCAAACCUGUCGCCGCGCCUGCUGCAGCUUCGGACAACGCCACUGCUGCCCGAGCAACGGCCGUCACCCCAGCCUCGUUCGGGUUCAUGACAGGCUCGGAAUCUGCCGGACCUGAAGGCUCGGAUGUGUUUGGAUUGAGCUGGGGUACCGUGCCUGAGUCAGAAGCUGGGGAAGGGGAAGGGAGCAGAGGAGAAGGGGAGAGGAAGAAGAAAGAGGGGAAUUCAUCAAAGUAUGCUGCUAUGCUCAGUGCCAUGGGCCUGCCAGCUGAUUUUACCAUGCCUGCCAAUCUUGGCAUCCCUGCCAAUUUUGGCAUGCCUGCUAAUUUCGGUAUGCCUGGACAAGCAGGCAUGGCUGAGGCCAUGGGCAUGAGCUUUGGUAUGGGAACGAACAUGAACAUGGGGAUGGGGAUGGGCUUGGGGACGGGUAUGGGCAUGGAUAUGGGUGCUGCUGCCGGGGCAGUCACGUGA